AUGGCGACCGGCGUCGACGCAAAGCUCCUAAAGUGGAUAGCCAGCAAAAUUUCCGACAUCCUGGGAAGCGAAGAUGACGUUGUUAUCGAGCUUUGUUUCAAUCUGAUCGAAGGGCCCCGAUUUCCAGACAUUAAAGCUUUACAAAUACAACUUACGGGCUUCUUGGACAAGGACACGGCGCCAUUCUGCAGGGAACUAUGGAAGUUGUUCUUGAGUGCCCAAACAAGCCCUCAGGGUGUGCCCAAAGAACUUCUAGAGGCCAAGAAGCUAGAGUUGAUACAAGAAAAGCCGAUCGUGCUGCAGACGAGGCACGACGCCGCCGAGGCGAUAUCGACAGGCGUCAACAAGAUGGCCCGGCACCGAGAGAUAGGGAUCGCAGUGAACGCGGACGCGGCCGCGGCGGCGGUGGAGACAUGCGGCGUGGUCGCAACAGUGACAGGGACUACGACCAAAGAGGUAGACACGGAGGACGGUUUGGUAGCAACAGGUCGCGCUCACCGGCUGCGAGGAACCGUGAUCAGAGGGACAGAGGCUUGUUCCGUGGGUCCACUAGAGACAGCUAUGUCCCAAGGAAUCGCGGUCUCGAUAGCCGAGUAUCUGGCCGUCGUCGCAACGACACGCGCUCUCCGUCUCCGGCAUCCGCCACCUCACGGUCGCGCAGCCCCGAUCGCAAGCGGAAUUUUAGUCGUGGCUCGCCCCCGGCCCCCGCCCGACGAACUCGUCGAGAACGCAGCGUAUCCAGCCCCAGGGCUACGAGAAAUCGAUCGGCGUCGCCGAGAAGAAGCCAGGGGAAGUAUCGCGAAUCACGAAGGAAAAGGAGAUCUUCACGAAGCCCUUCGACGCCCUCAACAUCGCCUGAUAAACGGGCGGCUGCAAAGCGCCGUAGAUACUCCUCUUCACGGAGUCGUUCGCCAGGUCGUGAUAGACGAUCCCGCAGUAGAAGCUCGAACUCAGCAUCGUCUCGAAGUUCUAGAUCACGCAGCCGUAGCUCUACGCGUCGAACCUCUCGGGGACGUGCAAGUCCGAGAUCUCGAAGCAGUCCCCGACAUCGCCACGAUAGUAGCGUCUCUCGCUCUCCGGAUCCCAGCGCUCGCAGAGCAACAGCCGAUGAUAUUAACGAGACUGAUCGCGAGAGCAGGAGAGGCCAAGGAGAGGGAGAGGACACAACGUUGCCAGGUCUUCCAGCAGCGUUGGCGAAGGCAGAAGAUCACGGGAGAAUGA